AUCACACCAUUAAAAAAAUAUGGUGGUAUUAAUCAAUAUCGUGCUAACGAGAGUGAUAAAUAUGGCGGGAAUUUGAAGAGGACAGGUGAAACAAUCAGCUGGGUGGGACAAAGAGAUGGGGGUGACGAACCUGUGGACUAUUCUGGCUCCUGUCAAGCAGCACACGCCGCUGUCCUCACUCCGAGGUCAGACCAUCGCCGUGGACCUCAGCAUCUGGGUGUGUGAGAACCAGUGUGUCAAGUCCAUGCAGGGGGUCGUAGCCAGGCCGUAUCUCAGGAACCUGUUUUUCCGAGUCAGCUACCUGACCCAGCUGGGGGUGAAACUGGUGUUUGUGAUCGAGGGCGCGGCUCCACAGCUCAAGUGGCAGGAGAUGAGGAGGCGCCAGCAGGCUCUCGGGCGGGGCAGGGGGGGACGUGCAGGUGGAGGGGGACGCUCCAACUUCAACGCCAGACUCCGAGAGUGCUGCCAGCUUCUGGACCUGCUUGGAAUCCCUUAUAUUCACAGUCGCGGGGAGGCCGAGGCCAUGUGUGCUGCCCUUGAUGCUGCAGGGCUCGUCGAUGCGUGCAUCACGGACGAUGGAGACGUGUUCCUGUACGGAGCUCGCACCGUCUACAAGAACUUCACCAUGAACAACAAGGACCCUCAUGUUGAGAGUUUCAGCAUGGCAGCCAUUGAGCAGGACCUGGGGGUAUCCCGGGAGUCGCUGGUGGGCGUGGCACUACUCCUGGGGUGUGACUACCUGCCAGGGGGGGUCCCGGGGGUGGGGGUUGAGCGAGUCAUCAAGUAUCUCCAGUCCCUCAAAGGUGUGGAUAUACUCAAAAGGUUUCGGCAGUGGGAACAGAUGACAGUCAGUCAGUGUGUCAGCAAGAUUGAGAUUUUCAUUCGACAGAAGUCUCUGGCAACACCAGACUUCCCCCAAGCACAGGUUAUUGAAGAAUUUCUAAGCAAACAAGAAACCACUCCAAAGAAGGCAUUUACAUGGAGACGUCCUCACAUUGCUAAAACACAGGAGUAUGCAGAGACGAAGAUGGAAUGGCCGCCCGACUACACCACCGAGAAGGUUCUGCCCCUGGUGACUCUGUGGGACCUUGUGCAUAUGGCUGACACCACGUUGAAAAAUUUGCCCUACCUUAAACCUAAUAGGGUUGUGAAGCCACGUGUCCGACAUGGAGUACCUGUCUAUGAAGUGGAGUGGUUCAAGUCAGUGGAUGAUGUGAACACCAGCAGUGAAUUUUACACAACAAUGGAGGAACAGGGCCUCUUUGCUCGAGCAUUCCCUGACCUCGUCCACGAUCUUGAAGAGGAGUUGGCCGCCAAGAAGGUGAAGAAAAAGAAAGGCACAAAGAAAUCCAAGAAGAAGGAACCUCCAGAGGAUGAGCUGGGCGACCUGUCCAGCCAGAUGCUGCUGCUGGAGCUACAAGGUGACGGGGACACUCGUCACAACGCUCAGAUGGACAGCACUCAGUGUGCACAGCAGGCUUCCUGCCACAUUGCACCUGCAAACAGUUGGAGAGAUGGGAAUCAGCGUGUACAGUCGAAUUCUCAUCACCUGAAGAAGGCACCUCCAGCACAAGGACCUGUAGGUGUUCCUGGUCUGACUGCAAAGAGUCGACGUAAACCUAUCGACAUCAAAGGUGUUGAUGAGCUGGAUGUCAGGGUAAAACAGGAAACCAAGACAUCCCGAAAGACGAGCAGUAAAGGUCAUACCGUGUCAGAUUGUCCUGACGAAGAUGUGUUGUAUUCAAAGACUCAGUAUGUGACUGAACUUGGUGCUCAAGAUGAAAGUGCAAAAAGAACAAGAAAUAAUACUGCAUUACAUGAAAGCAGAUCCAAAACUGAUUCACUUUAUGGAAUUCAAUCUGAGUUAAAAGGUACUCCAAACACUAGCACUAAACAUAGUACUGGUGGAGAUGUGCCAUAUGUCAUUUAUCGAGAUGCUUCCGAGAUUUCCGAGAAGUAUAAAUCCUAUGAGAAUUCGGACAAAAACGAGUCUGAUUCAGAUUCGGAGGUGUUCCUCUCCUUGUCUCAGAGGCUUCAGUUGAAGCUUGGCCAGUCCACCAAAGGUCAGUCUGUGUCCGGGGGAUUUGAACAGUGUCUGGCCCUCAAACAGCAUACCAUGACCAAGUGUAUAUCAGAGAGUGGUGUUGACACAAUGCAGAGAGUAAGGCCUGUGAGGACAAGGAAAAGUGAACAAGAAAAACAUGUAGUGACAGAACCGAGCUCAAAGGGUGCAUCUCUUGAAGUCCGCUGCUUCAAGAAACCGAUUUUGUCUUGUGAAACAGAUAAGAAACCAGUGAUGAACCAGCUUCAGGGGAGGGAAAAGAAGGAUUUCGCAGAUUUGUCCAAACCUGUUCUGAGCAGGUGUGUCAAAGAUCAGCCUAUCAAUGGCAUCACACAUGAUCUGGCUUCCCAUGUGACUGUAUUGUCUCAUAUAUCUGGGGAGUCAGGUUAUGUCACCAAUCCCAAAUCAAACCAGACCCCUUCUGAAAGUAGGUUAUGUGAGAGUAGAUGUGACCAUCACAACUUCAGUCCUAUCUCCAAAAUGUGUGAUAGUUCAAAGUGUGUUCCAUUAUCUGUUGAUACAACAGAUUGCAGACUAAGGGGUAAGUGCUCACAUGCAAAUGUUAAAGGACAAGAUGGUGAUUCACUGGCAGGUACAGGGCCACCAUUAACUGAUCUGUCUCGGGACGACAGAUCAGGUGUUGAAACAUUUGAGGGAUCAAAUAAGAGAUCAUCCUGUCAUCAACCAGAUGGUCCACCAGCAGUUGUUCCACCAAUUAGAGAGUCACUAGCAGGUACAGAUCCACCAUUUAAAGUAGAAACACGUGAAGGAUCACCAGAUGGUCCUCCAGCAGUUUCAGACUUCACUUCUGGUACAUAUUGUGGUGAGCAUGACUUCAGCCAUGUUGCUUGCAUGACUGUAGUUCACACUCCUGAUAUCCCCGUCAGACCAAGCAGACCAGCUUCUGUCAGCAGUGGUGCAUCUCCCGACUCCUUAGAUUUGCCAAGUGCUGAGAAAAUUGGAACGAAUCAUCUCUAUUUAAAUGGUAGGGCAGUGCAUAAUACAAGUAGCAACACCCUACACAAUAGUUAUACGAAUACCUUGCAUUGUCAUGAUCAUUCCUCUUUCCAAAUUAACUCCUCCAGUAGUCCACAAAUACUAAAUGGGUCACCCCAUCCUUCCAAUGUAAGCCCUAAACCUAUGAAACCUUUCAGUAUUAAGAGCCAUCUAUUCAACCUAACACCAUCACCUUUAACAAGAGCAAAGAGACCUCCAUUCCAUCCACUAACCCCUGAAACAGGUCCUGCGUCUGGUCACAUGCAGAAAAAGGUUCUUUUGUAUCAGACUCCCUCUCCUUCAUUGUUGGUAAGACCUUGCAUCCCUGACUCUGUUCACAGCAGACCUGCACACACGAACCAGACUAUUCUCUAUCAGACUCCAUCGCCAGCCUUCACCUCCGCUGUCGACUCAACGUUACAGUUUGGCAACUUCAGCAUGCAGGCAUCGCUGUUGAAUGACAGUUUGGCCAAUAUGACAGCCAGUUCAACAUCUAUCAAAUCUUCUUUUGUCAGUUAUAGAAGUCCAAUUUGUGAUUCUCAGCCUGAAGGACGACCUUCCAUUGGUAGUCCCAUCAAUCUCAAUAUGGAGGGAAAUGAAAAUUGUCUCCCAUCCUGUGGAGGUGUUGAGUCGACGACAUGCGAUGGGAGUGAUGAUAUCGACUCAAGCUUCCAAAUGUUAUCACUUGAUUCCAAGUCUUCUAGUACAAAAGUUGACGUCAGUACAAUUGAGGGUGUGGCAUCUAGACGCCGGCUGAUAAGAGAGAGUUCAGAAUCCAGUACACCGCCUGAAAUAGGAAAGAACACCAUUAAUCAGGACAUUCUGGAACAUGAUGUACACACUAACUGUUCUGAGAAACAUGACAUUGUUGCCCAAGGAAACAGUUCUGAAAAGUGUGGGGGAAAAACUUCAAAGGAAUCAGCACCUGGAACUGACACUGGACCAGAUACUUCAUCUGACAUGAAGUGCACAGCCAGUAUUGAGACUGAUGACCAGAUCAUGCUUUCAUCUCAAAGCCAAGUCUCAUCCUGUUCCCAAAGAACACUUCCUAACAAGUCCAAGCUGUCAUUGAGGAGAAAGGGCAGUAGAUCCGGUCUCCCAGUGGUUCAACAUGAGGUUUUGCCAGGUGACUCUGCAUGUGACUCUGCAUGUGACUCUUACCCGAACUUAGGAGAGGAGCAUCAAAAACAACCAAUGGCUACCAGUGGCAGGUCCAGAGAGUCGGAUACAGAUGAACAAUCUACAUGGCCAGACUCUGUCAAAUCUUCGACAGAGGAUUCUGUGAUUGACUUGUGUGAGGAUUCUGAUAGUGAAGUGGGGGACUGUAGACCCAUGUGUGUCCCAACCAAGUGUUUCGUGCCGACUGACAAAGUGUUCCCGAAGGCACUAGAAGGUGAUCGAACAUUUCUACAGAUGCUGCAUGAGCCAUCAGGCUGUGUGAAAGUCUCGGCAAAGCAGCCUUUCCCAAAUUUCUAUGAGGACUCUGACAGUGAUACGUUGCCUGAAUGGGAAACUGAAACCACAGGUGAUAAAACUCCAUUUACAGCAUUAAAUAAUGACCAGCCAUCCAGAGGUAAGUCCCUUCCUAGCAAAGAUUGCUUCAGCGGUGUGGGAACUUCAACAACGCUCCACCCUCACUCAGGAGAGGAAAACAACCGUAAAGACAGAGACAGUUUCACUAAGAGUGGCUCUGAGGGUUACGAUUUGAGUGGUGCAUCAUCCUUCAGCAGUAAGGACGAUUCACCCGUGGGAAGUUCCAUGGUCCAGAGAGAUUUGUGUGUACAUGGGUUGUUCAAAAGGGACAGCUUUGUGACAGAGACAGACAAUGGGUGUUCUGGGAGUCGUGAUGUGUCUGGAGCUGCUGAGACAACCAUGAUGGAGAGUCCCGUGUCUCUGUCUGACAGGCUCAAACUCAGACUGUCCAACGAUGCUCAAAGUGCCCUGAAAGCUUUGUCUUCACGAAGGAACUUCGGACUUGAUGUGAACGUAAAGCCUUUAAGGAGAACGUGAAGCAAAUACUACUCAAAAGAGGUUAAAAGAACAUCCAAUUUUUCAUAAGACUAUCGUUGAUCUGUCAUUGCCAUAAUCAUUUUUAAGGUUUACGGGUGUUAAAAAUUGUUUGCAU